AUGGGUGCAUUCUCUGGUGGCUUUGCUACAGGCGCAGUUGCUCAAGCUCCUGCUCAAAGCCAGUUUGGCCAGCCAGCACAGAUUGGCCCAGGACAACAAGCACUGGGAUCAGUUCUUGGCACUUUUGGGCAUAAUUUUGGUGGUGGCAUUGCUACUAGUAGUUCAACAGGUGGCUUUGCAAGUGCUGCAACUGCUGGCGGGUUUGCUGGUGUUGCUUCUAUAAGUGGUGGGCUUGCUGCUUUGGGAUCUUCUGGUGCAGGGUUUGCUGGUGCGGCUGCAUGUAGUGGAUUUGAUAGUGUGGCUUCUGGUGUUGGAUUUGGUGGUGCGGCUUCAGGUGGAGGUGGAUUUGCUACCACAGUGGAUUUGGGGCUUUUGGGAGCCAACAAGGUGCUGGUGGUUUUUCAGCCUUUUCUGGUAAUGAAGGAGGCAGCCAACAAGGAAUUGGUGGUUUCUCUUCUUUCAGCGGUAAUCUGGGAGGAACUGGAAAACCUCCAGAAUUAUUCACGCAGAUGAGAAAAUAGAGUUCGGAGCUUUCAUACUAGGCUUAGAAAAUUUUGCUCAAAAAUGAAAAAAAUAUUUCCGGGAAUUGAAUGUAAAUUGUGAUUCACAGCAGGUUACAUCACAUUAUGUUAGA